GUAAGAUAAGAAUAUUGAUAGCCAAGUAAUCUUAAUUUGGGACAAAGGUUUUGUAACAACAUGGAGAAUUUAUCCUUCUUCUUAUUCAUAUUAGUCACAGUAACUUCAGCAGUUUACGCUGGGCCAACUUCUAACUGUACCGACGCUUCAUUUAUUGAUUGUAAUGAUACACAUGUCUGCAGCAAUACAGAUCUCAAGAAGUACUGUCCUCUCACCUGUGGUAUAUGCAAACCCUGUCAAGACCAGAGUGUGUUUAACUGUACUAGGAACGUGUGUUCCUUUCCCUCACUGAAGAAAUUCUGCCCUGUAACUUGUAAUUCCUGUAUGGAGUCCACUCAUAUUUCAUCGCAAUUAAACAGUUGUUAUUACAAAGGAAAUUCGUACCAGCAAGGUGAACACUUUACCGAUGGUUGUGAUUACAAAUGUGUUUGUGAAGAUGCAUCUACUGGACGUUACGUCUGUCAUUCAAUGUGUUACCAGUGGAGCCUACCAGAUGUUUGUCAAUUGAAUCCCGCAGCUCCUGGAAAGUGUUGUCAAACACCAAGUUGUCCAUCAUACAUUCAAAUUAAUUAUCCGUCAGGUUAUUCAGUUGAAUAAUCAACUAGAUUAAACACAAACAGUACAAGUAUAUGA